AUGCUCCGCAACCGUCGGUCGGGUCCCGUGACUAAGCUCGGAUCAACGAUGAUGCGGGAAGAUGGACCUCGGCUCUUUGGCAACUGCGACGCCGCCCGCGGUAGCAUCUCCCCGGGUGUCGGUGCUUACCUCUUGACCUUCAUUUCUGAUUUCUUCCUCUCCAGACCCUUCCCUCAGUCCCCAUCCCACAUUGACGUCAUGUCUUCCGCCCAGCAACGUCUGUCCCAGGUUUCCUCCCACUUCGGCCGCGGUGGCAAGAAGGGAGCCGCCGCCCUCACCGAGAAGCACCCCGAUGACAUUGUCGUGACAUGCGCCCUGCGCACUGCCCUCACCAAGGGUGGCAAGGGUGGCUUCAAGGACACUGCUGCUGCCGACCUGCUGGCCGGUGUUUUCAAGGCCGUCAUCAACAAGAGCGGCAUCGAUCCUCAAGCCGUUGAGGAUGUCGCCGUUGGCUCCGUUCUUCCUCCCGGUGGCGGUGCCACCGAGUUCCGUGCGGCCGCUCUCGUGGCUGGUUUCCCUGAGUCUACGGCCGUCAGGAGUCUGAACCGUCAGUGCUCCAGCGGUCUGCAGGCAGUCGUUGAUAUUGCCAACGCUUUGAAGUCGGGUAUGAUCGAUGUCGGUAUUGGCGCGGGUGUCGAGAGCAUGACUUCCCAGUAUGGCCCCGGUGCCGUGACCGAGUUCUCCGAGCUCCUUGAAAACCACCCCGAGUCUGCCAACUGCAAGGUCCCCAUGGGUGUUCUCCUCGUACCAAAAGCCCUCAAGGCCCAGAAGGCCGGUCUCUUCAACGAGGAGAUUGCCCCGCUCGAGGUCAAGUGGGUGGACCCCAAGACCAACGAGGAAAAGACCAUCACCGUCAAGGCCGACGACGGAAUCCGUGAAGGCAUCACCGCGGAGUCGCUGGGCAAGAUCCGCCCCGCGUUCGCCAAGGACGGCUCGAUCCACGCCGGCAACGCUUCCCAGAUCUCCGACGGUGCCGCCGCCGUCCUGCUCAUGAAGCGAUCCACCGCCGAGCGCCUGGGCCAGAAGAUCAUUGGCAAGUACGUCGCCGCCAGCGUGGUGGGUGUCAAGCCGCUGCUCAUGGGCGUCGGCCCCUGGAAGGCCAUCCCCGUCGCCCUGGAGAAGGCCGGCAUUACCAAGGAUGAUGUCGACAUCUUCGAGAUCAACGAGGCCUUUGCCUCGCAGUGUGUCUGGUGCGCCAAUGAACUGGGCCUGUCCCAGGAGAAGGUUAACCCCAAGGGCGGUGCUAUCGCCUUUGGUCACCCACUCGGCUGCACCGGUUCCCGGCAGGUCAGCACGCUUCUGACCGAGCUCAACCGCACAAACAAGAAGAUCGGCGUGACGAGUAUGUGCGUCGGUACCGGUAUGGGCAUGGCUGCUGUCUGGGUGGCCGAGUAA